AUGUCAGACAGGUGGAUAAGCCUUUUGGGGAGCGAACUUGAGCCAGCAUUGCUUCAAAAAGUUGGCUUGGACAUCAAAAACUCAACGAAGGUAGUUCUCAGAGACUGCGAAAUUUACAACUUCUACGAUGCUGGGGUCAGCUUUGUUAUAGUUAACAAUAAAAUCGACAGUAUUGAUUUCUUCUUCAGGAACAAGUCGUUCAGACCGUGCCAGUUGGCUCUGCCUUAUAAUCUAGAUUCACAAUUUACCGGAAGGCGUUUGUUGGAGGCUUUGGGAGAGCCUUUGGAAAAGGGUGGGGGCACCUCAUCGAACAUCAAUAUCUGGCUCAGAUGGAAAAAUUUACAGGUCGAGCUGGAUGAUAAGAGUUGGGAAACGGCUAAAGACGCAUUAAUGAAGUCGAUUACCAUAUUCAAUUAG